UUCUGGCCAGCUCUAGGAUUUGCAAGUCUAGUGUCAAGUCAGGCUUUCUGACCGUCGAUCUGUCUGUCUGUCUGUCCGCUGAACCCUCUAGCAGAAGUUGAGACUUACCCCAAGAGUCCUACAGUCUAGCCAUGCCUGUACAAGGCUUCAGUAGUCUCUUGCUGCUGGCAUCUCUGCUUCUCACUGGACUGUCAGCUGUUCCUCCAAGUUUGUCGCUAUCCCUGAGGAGCCGGUCAGGUGGUACCUGCAGACUGUCCAAGGCUGAGUCAGAGCGUCGGUGCCGGGCCCCUGGAAGGCCCUCAGGGAGCCAACUGUGCAAUGGCAGAGGCUGGUGUGACUGUGGAGUCUGCAUCUGUCAGGUGACCGAGCCUGGCAUGUACUUUGGGUCUCUUUGCGAGUGCCAUGAAUGGGUGUGUGAGACCUAUGAUGGGAAGACCUGUUCAGGUCAUGGCAAGUGUGACUGUGGAAAGUGCAAGUGUGAUGAAGGGUGGUAUGGUGAGGCUUGUCAAUACCCAGUUAAUUGUGACCUUACAAGGAAGAAAAGCAAUCAGAUGUGUAAGAAUUCACAAGAUGUCAUCUGCUCAAAUGCCGGUACUUGCCAAUGUGGCAGGUGUGAGUGUGACAACUCAGAUGGCAACGGACUGGUAUAUGGGAAAUACUGUGAGUGUGAUGACAGAGAAUGCAUAGAUGAGGAAACAGAAGAAAGGUGUGGAGGCCAUGGAAAGUGUUACUGUGGAAACUGUUUCUGUGAAGCUGGUUGGCAUGGAGAUAAAUGUGAAUUCCAGUGUGACAUCACCCCCGGGGAGAGUAAGAGAAGAUGCACAUCUCCAGAUGGCAAAAUCUGCAGUAACAGAGGCACCUGUGUGUGCGGUGAGUGCACGUGUCAUGAUGUAGAUCCGACCGGAGACUGGGGAGACAUCCACGGAGACACCUGUGAGUGUGACGAAAGGAACUGCAAGGCUGUCUACGACAGAUAUUCUGAUGACUUCUGUUCAGGUCAUGGACAGUGUAACUGCGGAAAGUGCAAUUGCAAAGCUGGAUGGGUGGGGAAGAAGUGUGAGCACCCCGUUUCCUGCCCAAUGACUGCAGAGGACAGUGCCAAAAGUUGCCGAGGAACCUCCAAUUUGCUUUGCUCUGGACGAGGGAAAUGUGAAUGUGGUCAAUGCACGUGUUUCCCACCAGGAGAUAGCAGAGUAUACGGGAAAACAUGUGAAUGUGAUAAUCGGCGGUGUGAGGAUCUGGAUGGUACAGUCUGUGGAGGGCAUGGCACUUGUUCCUGCGGUCGAUGUGUUUGCGAGAGAGGGUGGUUUGGAAAACUCUGCCAACAUUCAAGAAAGUGCAACAUGACAGAAGAAGAAAAUAAGAGUUUGUGUGAAUCAGCAGAUGGCAUCUUGUGUUCAGGAAAGGGUUCCUGUUACUGCGGAACCUGCAUCUGCUCUGCCCAGGAAUGGUACGUUUCAGGAGAAUUCUGUGAAUGCGACGAUCGAGACUGCGACAGACACGAUGGUCUCAUCUGCACAGGGAAUGGUAUAUGUAACUGCGGAAACUGUGAGUGCUGGGAUGGAUGGAAUGGAAAUGCCUGUGAAAUCUGGCUUGGGGCAGAAAACCCUUAACAAUGCAUGGAAACCAUUAUGGACUGAGUUGUUCUUUUAUUGUUACAUCUUGACUCAAGGGCCACCUUUUUCUGGGCCAAAACCCUCAAAAUGACAAAGAAGAAAAGAAGAAAAUUGGGUAAAGCACCGCCAUCUGAGAAAGGGAUGAGAUGGUCAGCAGGGGUCAGAAAUGGACACAACAAAAUAAUCAAAAACAGCUGGGCUUUCCUCCUCGGAGGAAGAAUCAAGACAUCCACCUCACAGCCCUUCCCUUUAGGGCCUUCGUUCUCUUUUCAUGUUGAUUGACUGGAAGUACGGUAUGGGCCCCUGAGCCUGAAAUCUUAUUGAAAAUUCUUCACCCCCUCCGAACCCUCCAAAGCCUCAGUUAUGUAAUUCAGGCACAAAUUGACAUUUCCUGCUCCGUUUCUCUGCAAAUAGUUAAGACUUAGGUUCCGAACAAUUCAUCCCAUCGGAUCCAGCCUCUCUCCCCCAAUAAGCAUGUGCUACACAAAGAAACUGACCAUAACCUUAGCUGGAUGGGAUUCCAGUUUGAAACUGGAAAGACAAAGAACAGGUAAAACUAAAUGGUAUGUAGCGGUUUGGGGCUGUUAACUUGACUAUGUGGGCACCUCUGUAGCCACACUGAUAUUUUGCUAUAUUUUUGAAAAAAAAAAAAUGACAAGCUGCCUGCCAGAAAAUUUCUGAGAACUAAAUAGUAAAAUAGAAUAACCAUCAGGUACCCUUAAUUUCAACUGCUAUCAGCUUCUCACCUAAGAAGAAGUGCUUAGCUCUGCUUCUACUCAUGGUGUGAAUGUCUAAGGAAAAUUUAACGUGUGUGUGCCAAUGAUCUGGGAUUCAGUAUCUUUUUAAAAAUAAUGGUUCCCUUUAACUUCAGGAUGUUCUCUGGUACAAUUGCUAGUGGUUCUAAAGGCUGAAAUGUGACUUCUAAAGACAUUAGAUGCUUGUUUGACCCACAUGCGUGCUUUCCAAAAUGCAUUCAGAGCAAUGAACAAGAAGAGGAGCUAGGAGCGCCUCUGAGGAUUUGUUUUAUGAGGUCACUUAGGAAGGAACUGAUUUUUCAAAGGAGGAAUACCAAAGAAACAGAAAAUUCAGCAUCCAAAAUUUUUUCAUUAGGACAAAGGCAUUUUUUUUGUUAAUGCCAAAGUGGAAUACUGUAACACCUCUCUGCAAUUUUGCCAAAUAAAACUUUAGUCCCCAAACUCUCAUUUUAAAGUAAAGAGAGUGUAACAUCUCUGCAAUUUUGCCAAAUAAAGUUUUAGCCCCCAAACUCUCAUUUUAAAGUAAAGAGAGUGACUCUACUGCAUUACGGAAUAUCUACAUUAUAAAUUUGCGUGUGUGUUAUUUAACCAGAAGCGAUACUGGAGUCUCUCUGUGUGGGCUUUGGCAAGACAAUCUAAUUCUGUACUAAGUGACAAGAAAAAAAAUCCCGAAAAUAAACACACAAGAGUCUGGCAUAAUAUAGAGACUCGAUACAUGUGGCCUAGGUACAGGGGAAUAUAAACCACACCAUCUGUAAAUAUAAAUUGAUUCCACCAAUUUUACUAUACAGUACUUCAGUAGUAAUAGACAGUUGAAAAUAAUUUUCACUUACUUAACAGCAAACUUAUAAUUUUUGAGGGAACAGCAUGGUGAAGUCUUAUCCUGGAAAACAGCAAUAGAGGUAUUAGCAAGGAGCUAAAAUUUUCUUUGGCACGGUAUAAGGGGUGGGGUGGAGAAUUGAGUUUGCCAACCUAUUUACAUGACGUUCUCAAGAUCAGUGGAUGGUGCGCUGAUAUUUUGCACAUUCUAGUUGUUACAUAAAGUUGUUUUGAUGUUUUUCAAUAAGCCUUCAUAUAAAUAUUUUAUUCAAUACAUUGCAUCUGUGUAAUACAACAAAUAAUAAUAAACACAUAAACUGUACAA